AUGGACAUCAAGAAAAGUAAAAAGAAGCCUGAAUUAAGUGAGCAGUUAUUCGUUGGGAAUUACGUUGAUGUUUACCAUUAAGGAAGCAAACAAUAUAAGUUAGCAUACAUAUUAGCGAAAACAGAAAAGGAGAUUGAAGUCACAUAUGAUGGAUUAUCAAAAAAGGAUAAUGAAGUAUGUUUAUGUAUUUAAAUAUUGUCUAGAUAAUUAAAUUAUCUUAGAAUAGAGUAUAAUUUGCAAGAAAAUCAUCUAUAAGUAAGUAAUCAUUUAAAUAAAGAUUACACGGGUGAUGACUAUCGACAAUAAAAAACUUCACGUGAUUAUAUAAAAUACUAAAGAGAAGAUUGUGAGAAAUAUACAAAAGAAUUGAAUACAAUAAUGUAAACUAAUUUUUCUGGAAUGACACCAAUAGAGAUUACUUAAUGUAUUCGAGUAAGAUAAUUCAUAUGGUUGGACAUGGUACUUUCAAGUGAAUUGUAGCCAAAGGAAAUUCCAUUUGCACUAGAAUACUUUAAAACAUACUUUAACUUUAUAAAGUGGUACUUUGACUAAUUUCCUAAAUAUUUUGCAGAUGUAUAUCAAUCUUUGAAAAUAGUAUGUGAGAUAUCAAAAUAAUAAUGAACUAUUUAUAAUUGAGGAACGUAUAGCCAUAGCAAGUUGUCUUUAAGAAGUUUGUGAAGCAUUCUGUAUGUUAUUUGGUUCAAUUUGGAGACUACUUAAAUAAGAGAAUUCCUUUUUUUAUGUAUUUAUUUUAGUUAUAAAUAUAUUAGUUAAAUUAUGAACAUUUGUAAUAAUAAAUAGAUAAGAUUUUUACAGUACCUGUAUAUUAAGGAUUUGUAACAAAUCCAAAUAUUGAUGAUUGGAGACUCUAUUAAGGUGCUGGGGAUGUAAUUAAAUGUAUUAAAAAAACAUGGCCAUUUUAUUUGAAGCUUAUGUCUUAUUUUAAAUCCAUUUAAGGUCUUUAGAGUUGGGAUAAUUUGUUAAAACCUUAUGAUGGAGGAGAAUACAAUUAAAUUCCUAUUAAAGCAAUGUCAAGAAUUGUUUUAACAUUACAAUAUUUGUCUUCAUACUUUCCAUUAUAAGAAUAAGGCAAUAUGGCUAAGAAAACAUUAGAAUGGUUUUAAUAUAGAGUAUCUAAUUUAACAAUUUAAGAUAUUAAAGAUACAGAUAUUGAUUUAAUUAAAGAAAUUGUAUAAGAAAUGCAUUAUUAUUUUUAAAAAGGAUUUACAUAAGAUUAAUUAAAUAAAGUAGUUGAUGAAAUUCAAUUAUAAUUAGCACUGAAAUUUUUAAAAUCUACUUUUCUUGAAAAAAGAGUUAAAGGGUUAUGUGAAAUAAAAGAUUUUACUGAAAAAUUUAAAUUUGAAACUGGAAGUUAAAUAAAAAUGAAAACUUCAAUUAGUAAAGAAGAACUUAUAAGAUGGAUAACUUAAAAUAAGAUAUUAGAUUAUACUGUUUUAGGAGAUUCAGUUCAUCCAGAACUUAUAAAGAGAACUAGUGAUGUGGCAAUUUUUUUAUGUAGAAAUUUAGCAUUUUAAAAUGAUUAUGUGGAUAAAAUUUGGUUAAAUAAUCAUGAUAAACAUGAGACUACUCAACUUGCAUUAUAUGAAUUUUUUAAAGCAAUUUCUCCAGUUCUAUAAUUUUAAGGAAUUGAAAAACUUUAUAAUCAUAUAUCUUAAAUUCCAUAUCCUAAGUAUAAUGAAAAUAUUGUGGGAAUGAUUAGAACAUUUACAGAAGCAGCUUUAUCUUAAAAGUUUCAUGAAUAAUAAUUAUAAUUAAAACCAGAGAAACGAUUUAUGACAUUUAAUUAAUUAUGGGAAUUAUUAUAAGAUAAAGAAGAUUAAUUAGUAGGUAGUCAUAUUUAAGAGUAAUGUUUUCAAGCUGCUCGUAUGAUUAUUUCUUAAAUACCAUAAACAAAAUAAUUUAUCUCUUAUUAUUUUGGAAAAUGUUUUGAAUUGAUUGGCAAUCAUAAAUCUGUUUAUUAAGCUAUUAGUUUUGUACAUUACUUUCUUGAUAAAUAAUUUAAGGAUGAUAAAAGUAAAAAAGAAUUGAUUUAAUCAACUGAUGAAAAAUAUAAUAUAAUAGAAUUAUUUGUAAAAGAUAUUGAAGUUUAUAUGGAAAAAGUGAGAUUGUAUUUUAAAAAUGAACCUCCAUAAGAUAUUAUUAUUAAUGGAGUUUAAAAAUUUAGUCAAAAUGUCUUUUUUAGAUUAUAAAUGCUUAAUUAUUUACUUUAAUAAACUGAACUUAAAAUUAAUUAUGAUCAAAGUGUCAGAUUAUGGGAUGCUUUAGCUGCUAAAACAAAAGGAAGUAUAUAGAAAAAGGAAUUAAAUAAAAUUCUUAUUAGCAAUCAUUAUCUAGAUUUGGCUACAUUUAAAAUUAAUUAAAUUUAUUUUGAUAAAGAAGGUGAACCUAAGUUUUUCACCUAAAUCUUAUGCAAUCCUGAAAGGAAUGAUUAUGAAAAGUAAAAGUGUUUAAUCAAUAAUUUAGUUACACAAUCGAAGACUUUGAAUUAUUUUAAGUGUUUUUCAAAUCCUACAAUCAAACUAGACAAAAUUUAAAGUAUUAUAGUAAUACUCUCCGUUUCCUUGUGAAUGAUCAUAAUUUUGAAGGUAAAAAUGCUAUUUGGUAAAUUUUUGCUAAAGUAAAGGAUCUUACCCUCCUUGAAUAAAUAGCCAAUUUCAUUAUUAAUCUAUAUACUUCACUUAAUUCUACUCUCGAUGCUAAAUGUGAUAAAAUAUAUUAAGAAAUGAUGGAUAAAUGUUUAGAACUUAUUUAAUAAUAAUGUCCUAGUUUAACAACCAGAUCAAUUAAUUUAUUACUCUCUUUAUUCAAUUACUUUUAAAGUGGACCUCUUUCAAAAAAAUCAGCUAAACCUAUUAAUUAUACUUAAUUCAAGGCUUAAAUCAUAAGUGCUAAUAGUCCAAUCUCUAUUAAAGAGUUUAAAGAAGGUGAUACAACAACUGUUAAUUAAUGGAAAUAAAAAUUAGCUGAGGAAUUAUAAGUAGCAUAUUAAUAAUUAGACAUCACUAUAGAAAAUAAACCAAUUGAAUAAUAAUAUGACAUUGUUGAUACUUAUGUUAAUUAGGUAAUCUAUUAAAUGGCCACAGUAAGGGUAAAAAUUAAUAAUAAAAAUCAUCCUAAAAAUUACCUUUCUCAAGAAUAACGUACUUUUGAAAUACUAUUUAAAUUACUUGAUAAAUAAGAAAGUACUGAAUUUUUAACUUAAGUUUGGGACUUGAUUAAUAGAUUGCCUACUAAUAUUUAAAUAAAAAAGUAAGUUGAAAAUUGUAAAGAUUGGAAAAAAUACUUAGAUCACUCUUUCUUUGAUAUGUUUUAUGUACUAUAAAUCAUAUAAGCAUUAUUAGAAAAUGGAUAAUGGUGUGAAUAAUUUAAUAAUUCUGACGGAGUAGAUUUGGUAACUUAAAAAUUUUUAGGUUAAAAUUUACAAUUUUAACAGAGACCACUUGAGAUUAAAGCUUGUUUAACAUAUUUAGAAAUUCUAAGUCAUUAUAAUAUAAAGAUAAAAGAACCUUAAAUAAUUGAUUAAAUUAAGUAGAAAAUCUUAGAAAUAAUACAAGAACUUUGUCAUUACAUAAAAACUAAAAAAAAAUUAGAAAUAGGUUAAAAAAAAACUCCUUAAUAAAAAGAAAUGAAUGAAAUAGAAACACGUCUUCUUAGAAAAUGUUUUAAUUAUUUAGAUGAGUCUGGUUGUAAAUAAUAUAUCAAGUAAAAUCAUGAAUUGCAACAUCAGCUUUACAAUUAUUUUGUAGAACAUGAAAAUUAAGAACUUAAAAAAGAAUAUGCAGCUUAAUUGUUAAAUUUGAAGAAUACAUAAGAAAGUAAAUUAUUAAUAAAAAUAAUACUUGAUGAUGUUUUAAAGAAUGUAAUUUAAAAUAAAAAAUAAAAAUGUGAGCACUUUUUUGAAUUUUGUUGUAAUAUUUUAUAACAAGAAAAUAAUUUAAAUAUAGAAAACUUUGAUAGUGAUUAUUUAUUAUCGUAUAUCAAAUAGAAAUUAUAAUAGUUACCAUUAAAUGAGAAUACAGUUAAAGAUUAAGAUUAAAUUUUGAUAGGAUUACUUAAACUGCUUAAUGUAAUAAUAGAUAAGCUUCCUCUUUUAUCAAAUAACAAUUAAUUAUUUGAAUAGAUUUUAAGUUAUUUGUUAGAAAAUGAAGGAGAAACAAGAUGCAAAUGUAAAUCAUAAUAAUCAAGAACAGCUGGAUUUAAUUGUUUAUUUACUCUUUUGAAAAAUUAAUAAAAUAUGAAUAGAUUUUUAAUGACUGUUUCACCAUUGCAUUCAACAAAUACUUGGAGAACAAAGAAUUUAAAUGAUUGGAAUAUUUAGAGCAAAUUCCAUGAGAAAUCAUCGACAGGAUAUGUUGGUUUAUAUAAUUUAGCAUGCAUUUGUUAUAUGAAUUCUUUAUUAUAAUAAUUAUAUAUGGUACCAGCAUUUAGAGAAAGAUUAUUGAGAGUAGAAGAUAAAAAUACUUGUAUAUAAGAAGAGAAUUUAUUGCAUUAAUUAAAAUGUUUAUUUUUGGCUUUAAAACAUUCUUAAAAAUAAUAUCAUAAUCCAAAAAAGUUUUGUCAUGCUUUCAAAGAUUUAGAUGGAAAUCCGACAAAUAUAUUUGAAUAAAUGGAUGUAGAUGAAUUUUGUAAUUUAUUGAUGGACAGAAUUGAAUUAAAUAUAAAAUCAACUUCGGAUGAAGAUUUAGUUAAACGUUUUUUUGGUGGAGUAAUGUCAAAUGAAAUUAUAGGAAAGACUUGUCCACAUUAUUCAGAAAGAGAAGAACCAUUUUUUGCUAUAUCUUUACCUGUAGCAAAUAAAAAGAAUUUAGAAGAAUGUUUGUAAAGUCUAGUUCAUGGAGAUUUACUUGAAGGUGAAAAUGCUUAUAAUUGUGAAUAAUGUAAUAAAAAGGUUAGUGCUUUAAAGAGAAUGUGUAUUAAGAAAUUACCAGAUCAUCUUAUUCUUGUAUUGAAAAGAUUUAACUUUGAUUUUGAUUUAAUGGCAAAAGCUAAAAUUAAUGAUAGAAUAGAAUUUCCAUUUGAAUUAGAUUUACUUCCAUAUUCUUAAUAAGGAUUAAGAUAAUCUGAAAAUAGAAAUACUAAUUCUAAUGGUUAAGAUAAUCCUUAAGAAUAUUAUUAAUAUAGAUUAACUGGAGUUGUAAUUCAUAUGGGUUCUGCUGAUAGUGGACAUUAUUAUUCAUUUAUUUAAGAUAAGAAUGAUUUAAAUAAAUGGUAUGAAUUCAAUGAUAUUGUUGUAACUCCUGCUGAUAUUAAAGAUCUUAAAAAUGAUGCUUUUGGAGGAUCAGAUAAAAUGUUGAAGAAUAAAUAUCCAUCAUAAUUAAAAGAUAAAUCUAAAAGCGCUUAUAUGCUCUUUUAUGAAAGAAUUAAUCCACUUAAUGUUGCUGAUUAAACUUAAUAAAUAGAUGUUGAAUUAGAUUAAAAAACAAUAUCAUUUUUAGAUGAAAUUAAAGAUGAAAAUAGAAAAUUCCAAAUUCAACGUUUCAUUUUUAGUCCAGAAUAUUUUACUUUUAUGUAGAAUGUAAUUAAAUUCUAAUUAUAAUAAUAAUAAGUAUAGGAUUAAAUUAUUAAAACAUUGGUUUUCUUUUAUUUAACUUGUGCAGUUAGAGAAAAUGAUAAAACAUUUGUUUCAAAUAAUAUUUUAGAUAUAUAAGAAUUAUUAAGAAAGUCAAUUGAUACUUCUUAAUGGUUAUUAAAAUGUUUCAAUUAACCAAACUAUAUUAGAGAAUUUUAAUUUGAUUGUUCAAAAAAGAUGGUUAGAAAAUUUGUAAUAUAAAUGUUAAUUACAGCCAUAGAUACUGUUUAAAAACAAGAAGGAUAUUAAGACUUGUUUGAAAUGGUUGAUGAUAAACCAAAAUCAUUAGUAGCCUCUUUAAUAAAUGCAUGGAUACUUAUGAUUCCAGAAUUAAAAAAGAGUCUAAAAAAUUCAGUUGAAUUUUAUGAUCUAUUUUAUAAAUUUGCAAAAUUGCAUUAGUCAAAUGCUUAAUAUUUAAUUUAAAAAAAAUUAGUUGGCAAAUUAUUAGAUCUUACAAUAGAUGUAUUAUAGGUAAAUCCUAAUAAAAACUAACUCAAUUUAAGAGAAAUUAUAAGAAGAAUGGACGAUAUAAAAGUAAUUAAAUUCAAUGAUGAACCAAUUAACUAUUUAGGAUAAUAAAAUUAUCAAAAUGUUGAUGUCGCUUCAAGUUAUUAUGAUGAAUUAUUAGAAAAGAAAUUUGAAAAAUCUAUGAAUUCUGGACCAUCAACUAGUAGAGUGUAUUUAUGGAGAGUAAUUGCUUAUUUAAUAAAAGGAGAAUAUAAGUAAAUGCUUUCUGCUGAAGAGCAAAUUCUUCUUCAAUUUGACAACUAAUUUAUAUAAAUUCUAUUGGAAGAAGGAGAUUGUAAAUUAGCAAUCAGAAUGAUUUCAGACAUUCUAUGUGUUUUUUCAAUGGACAAUUAAAAAUAAAGUGACUCAGUUAUAAUCUCUAUUAUUAAGUAAAUCAAUGACAAAGAGUAUAAAGAAUAUCGAAAAUAUUUAGUUGUUUUAAAAAGAUUGUUUUAAUUAAAAGAUCAACUUUAAGUUACAAGAGUAUUUUAAUUACUUUAAAUUUUAGAUUAAUUUAGGUAUGACUAAACUAUUGGAGGCCAUGUAAAAAUAAGUUUAAUACUUCUUUGAAACUGAUGUUUGUUAACAAUAUAUUUUAAGAGUAAGAAUAUUUUAUAAUAUUUAUAGAUGGUUUUCAGAAAUAAUUUAGUUCAUCAAUGGAUGGUCAAAAAUUAACGAUGCUGGUAAUGGAUUAUAGAAAAAAAUAAUUCUCAACCAUUGCCUAAUGAUAAAUUAAUAGCUAAUAAUUAAAUUCCUUAAAAAUGUUAACAUAGAUUACAUAAUAUUUAUUUACCUAGUAAUUCUUAAGGAUAUGCAAAAUUAUUGAGCUGGAAAAAACAAUAAUAUCUUAAUUUAACAAAAGAACCAUUUAAAUAAAAUGACGAUUUUGAUACAGAUGAUGAUUUGACUGAAAAAAAUGUGAAGGUUGACGAAAAGAUAGAUUAUUAGUAAUAUUUUGAUAUAUUUAAUGUUUAGUGAUUAAAACUAAUGGAUUACUGCAACAAUCAGCAAAGUAAUGGGAGAUUAUAUUCAUUUAACUUUUAAUUGUAAGAUGGCACCUUUAAAUAUGGACAUUGAAUUAGAUAAUGAAAAAUUAGCUCCAUUUAAUACAUUAUCCAACAAUAAUAAAAUACCUGGUAUUUUAAAUAAUUAUUCUUAAUAUAGGUUAUAAUAAUCAGAAUUAUGAAAUGGUUAUUGAACAUUAAUCUGAUCAUGAUAAUGAUACAGAAGAGGGUAAUAAUAAUUCUAAUAAUUAAACUGAUUCAGAUGAUGAGUGAAAUUAACAAUCAAGAAAG